GGAAAAUAUCAGUUGUCGAUCAGUCCCUCUCUUUGAGUAGAAAAGAUGAGGGGUGGUCGCAGUCGUACUUCGUUGAUUGAGGAGCCUGGGCUCGACGGGCGGGUGAAAACCGAUCCGAUGAUGCCAGUGCUCGCUUCUAUGGUAAAAGAUUCGCCUACCGAACUCAAGAGCCUUGCCGACCUCUUUUCCGAGACCUUUGUGGAAACAUCAUCAGGCGACAUAGGUCUGCAAGUGCGCAACGGCCCACUGUUUCGUACGCAUUCCCAUAUUCUCUCCAGAGUACCUGGAUUUCUGGAGCAAGUGCGAGCAUUGAAGCCGAUGCCGCUUUAUGUUGAUCGGGGAGGCAGAAUGUCCAUCCGUGACUGGAUGAUCAAGAAGCGCAUGCCACGCGCACUUGAGGAUGUCAAGUUCCAGUCCUUCACAGAGGACAGAUACAUACAGCCAGAGCAUGUCCCGUAUGAAAAUGGCUACAGCACUGCGCAUGAGCAGUUCAACAAAAUAGGGGCGCUACAGCGGAGAGACCACUUGAGGUACGAUUUCACUUGUUUCUGUUUCAGUUCAUUAUCAUGUUUAACUUUAAGAGUUGCGAAUGGACAAGAACUCCUUUACCUUUUCUCCCUCCAAUUAUGGCUGGAACCUGAGAAAUCGAUAUUAACGAUCUUGCAACUGCUAGUCAUGACCUGCCUCAGGUUAGCGGAAAAGUACGAGAUCAUCGAGCAAGGAGAUCGUGUAGUAGAAUUGUUGCGGUAUGUUUACCUAGGCAGAGUGGACUAUCUUUGGAUGGAGCCGCAUGGAGCAGAGGCGAAGAAACAACUCAUGGAGAAUAUGAUAGCGAUGCUCUUCUGCGCAGGUAUUCACAAUUCAUGUAAUUCACUGCUGGCGUCAUUGUCAACCGUAAUAUACUGGAAUUCCUAUUAGAGUACCAUAGGAAAUGGAAACUGAACAAAAGAUGAACGUAGUCGUUCUUCCCAAGGUGAAUCGUCGCACUUCUCCUUCGCCAUCCUUCUCAUCCUCCUCCUUAAUAGCUAAAUUCGCGUUAGACGAUUUGUUCUAUGUGCUGAUGAAGUGGUUCCCGCUGAAGUGCAGACAAGUCUGUGGCGACGACAAUUUCACAGAGAGCUUCUACAAAAUCGAGUAUUAUCUGCGAAACCAAGUACAGGAGCCACUCUUCCAGCGAGAUAUGCUCAACGCGCUCUUGCAAAUGGGCUGUCGACGAGAAUACUUGAUGCUCAUAUCAUGGGACUCGCGGUGGAACUCCUUGGAGUCCAACUUUCUCCACACCUUCCUCGACCAGGAUCAACUAGCGAUUUUGAAUGAAGGUAUUUCUUGUGGUUGGUUUUUUCUGAAAUUCUCGAAUGUAAUUGUACUCGAAGUUAACUACGCCGUUGACUCAUUGUAUUGAGGGUUGUUCUAUUCUAUCCCUGUUUUUGUAGUUUGAGAUCACUGCGACAAUUUCUACCGAUCAGGUGAAAUACUCCUAAUGGUCGAGCGAUGGAACGCCAAUCGUGACAAGCAAACACACGAAGUCCUGGAGGUUCUGCAUGCUUUCCGACAGUCAGCAGCAAACCUGGACUCGAUGAUUCAAUUCCUGUUUGCGACCUCGAUCCUUAAAGAGGAGGCAGCAUCAAAGACAGUCAGGGAUCCGAAGAAAAGGGAGGCGCGGCUCCACAAGCAAGUAUUUAGCAUGGUAGCGCCAAAUAAUAAGCCACUGAGGAGGUACAAGCCAAUGUCAAAGAAGCAAGAAAAAGAACUACAAGCGGCACUAGCAGCUGAGCAAGAGAAAAAAGCGGUGCAAGAAAAAGCAAAAGAAAAGGAAGAAGAUCCGGAUGCGGACUUGGGUAAGUACCCCUUUCAUCUUUGUUUUUGUAGUUCCUCUCAUGUAAAUGUGUCUUGAGUUUCUACUCGAAAAGUUAGAGUCACGCACGUGAACAAAUGGCCACUGAUCCUUCCCUAUCCCCUCUCCAGAUCAAUUCUUGCAAGUGCGAAAGAUGGACGACGACAGCUUCGUCGUCAAGAAGGCUCUCAGCUUCACGCUGCAUCCUAUUGAUAGCUUGCUGCAGAAGAGGUCGAUCUGUAUGCCUGGGAAUUACAGAAUUCGACUUGCAUUCACACAAAAGCACGUAGGACUCUGGGACCGAAGUCACGAAGUCUACAUUGGAAUCCUCUACGGUGGAAACAAAUUCUUCGGCUACCUAUGCGGAGCUAGUCCUUUCAUCGGCAUCUACGACAUCAGAAACGUGUCUGGUGUGUGCCAGCGGCCCGAACAGAGCUGCUUCUUGACGGGUUCCGGGAACAAGAUGGAGUUGGAUCUGGAUGUCACGAUAGGGAUGCAGCUCUGCAACGGAAUUCACACCGUCAAAUGCGCAAUACUAGCCAACAACUCGACUAUUGCCUCCGAUGAUGUGCAGUGGACUAACGAGACGAUGGCGCAAGGUGUGCGAAUUCAAAUCGUCCCGGUGGGAUUUCAGACGCGUGACGAAAUCGACUGCAGAAUAACAUGGGUCUCUAACGGAACGCAAGGACUUAAAGGUGAUGAAGACGCGUAGAUCAUUUAGAUAAAUACAUAUACAAAGGCUUCUAAUCAUUCAUAAAACUCUCAUGAGUCACUUGUAGAGGAGACGGAGAAUGCUAAAAAGGCAAGCUUAUGCGAAUUUUGGAAUAUCCAUACGCAUACAACUGCUUCACAAAGAAAUGCAAAAGAAUGAUUAUCUAGACUGCAUCACCAUCAAUCAACUACAUCAUGCUAACUCGAAAUUGACAUACGCAACCCUUAAACCCCUGUAACCAUGUAUCUUCGUCGUUUUUGGAUUUGGAAAGGAUCAUUUGCCACAAACACACACACGUAGACAUGAUGAGAAAAAUAGAUAUUCUUGUAUCAUUGCACAGUGUCAACACACAAAAGUAUGCCUUACGCAUAUCUACCAUAAAAAGAACAUGAAAUCUCAAGACUAGGAACGCAUAUUAGCUCAUAAUCGCAUAUUCUCAUCGUUAUUCACAUAUACAAUCAACAGAAAUUUUGACGUAACUACUAAGCGUGCCGAAAUUAACAACGAAACAACAAUAAAAAACUCAUUCGUAUGAUUCGACUUCGAAACACAUUCAUAAGAUUAGACCUAUUCCUAACUUAAUACGUAGACGGACUACUUUUACACAUAAUUAUUCCAAUAUUAAUCAUAUUGCGCUCGCGCGCUCGGUCUCGAUUAUUAUUUGCAACUGCUUGCGAGAACAAUUAGUAAACAAUUGUACCUAGUGUUGGUUGGCGGAUCACGAUUGCAAAGGUGAUUUGACUUUAUGCAUUUGUACUAUAACUUGAACUUGUUGUUCUUGUUUGAACUUGUACUUGAUUCUUGUUGACGAAGGAAGUUUCUUUCACUGUGGAUCAACUAGAUGUGCAAGAGCACAGACUAAGUUGAGAUAGUAGGCUCCAAUGGACCAGUGAUUGUGACAACUUUAUGAAGUAGUAGUCUGGACAAAAAAAUUUAGAAGUCGCUUAGAGCUCGAGUUGUAAAACACAACAUGACGAAAAAUUGCAUUUGCCAGCAGACGUUCAU